UGUACUUCUCCUGCGCGCUUCCACAGCACCCCUCCUCAGUCUGUUCAUCUCCAAUUUCCCGCGUCCGUUUUUUUUUUUUUUUUUUUUUGCUCAUUGUGGACUGUGAACGUUGGUAGAUAAUAUACGCUUGGAUGUGGCAAUAUCAAACUGAAAGCUUUCCCAGAAAACGGCUUAGUUCACUGCGGUUGUAGUUGAACUCCAUGAACUCUCGCGAGGUUGCUGCACUCUCCUCCGCUGCCGUUUUCGGUGUUCUGGCAUCCGCAAUUGCCUUCCGCUUCUUCUUCUUUCCGAAACAGCAUCAAUCCAAGACCAAUUCUUCGCAAAUCGGAACAGUUUUGAAGAACUGCUCUACCCGAGACCCUUUCGAUCCCUCCAAACGCAAAGGAUACUUGUCCUGGGAUGAUUACUUCAUGGCCAUUGCUUUUUUGUCAGCUGAAAGAUCAAAAGAUCCGAACAGACAGGUGGGGGCAUGCUUGGUGAGUCGAGAGGGUAUAAUUCUUGGGAUUGGCUACAACGGAUUUCCAAGAGGUUGUUCAGAUGACAAGCUGCCUUGGGCAAAGAAAUCCAGGACUGGGAAUCCUUUGGAGACAAAGUACCCUUAUGUUUGUCAUGCAGAAGUAAAUGCUAUCCUUAACACGAAUCAUGCCUCUGCUGCUGGACAGCGCCUAUAUGUGACCAUGUUUCCUUGCAAUGAAUGUGCUAAGAUUAUAAUCCAGUCGGGAGUUUCUGAAGUUAUUUAUUUCGUGGAGAAGAGAUUCGAAAAUUCAGAUGCUGCAUAUGUCGCCUCUCACAAGCUACUUACACUGGCUGGUGUAAAAGUUAGGAAGCAUCAAGCACAGAUGAGUGAAAUCCAUAUUAAGUUCGAUGAACACUAGAUUUUGAUGCCUAGUCCUCUGGUUAAGCUUGACACUACACAUGCGACUUGUCUAUUAUCAUUGUCUUGAAAACUUAUUGCAUGAUAAUGACUGCUGUGUGUUAUGGAAUUCCACAACCUUGUCAUAAGGGCAUAAGAUUUGUCCUUCACAAGGUGGUGAGGCAGAUAGUUUGGCAUACGAAGUGAAUGAAUUGAGUGCGUUCAAAGUCAUAAUCUGGCAACUGUAGAAAGAAAGUGUAGCCCAAGAUAGAUCUGGCAGCGUGCAAGAUUUUACCUGAUUCUCUCCAUUGUAUUUGUCUGAGUUACAAAUGGCGCGUUUAAUUCGCCCGACUCUAACUCAAAUCUAGAGUGUCACCUAAUUGAACCAAUUAUGAGUUUUUCUCGUGA